ACAUUGGAACGCGAAAAGACUUGCUUUGACGUGCAAUGCCACGCCCCAGAAGACCUGGCGCGCCAGAACCAAAGCGCCGAAGUCGAAAGGGAUGUUGGCCGUGUAAAGCACGAAAGCGGGGAAGAGAAACCAGCUUGUCUGAAUUGCCAAAGACAAGGUGAGCUCUGCGACUAUAGUGUUCGCUUGAACUGGGGAGGGAGAACGAAGCGUGCGUCUGUUGACUCACCGAGUUCGCAGUCUAGCGGCUAUGGGGGUGGAAGCGGAGGAGCUGUCGUCGGGUUCUCCAGCUCUUUCUCCAUCAACACAACAAGCCCGAGCUCAUUUCCAACACCGACAAGCAAUCCGGCAGAUGGAGUUAUGAGCACGCGCUCUGGUGAUUUGGCAUCUCCAGGAGCGAUAUCGCCAAGUACACCAGUCCUCUUUGACUCCCCGAGGCCUGGUCCUGAGGAGCUACCUUCGCCAAGACAGCUUGAUCUUCAAUUCUCAACAAGUUGGGCCGAGCAAACUCCAUCCUUGGCUUCCGCUGUUUCUGGGCCCCUGGCAAACUUUCAAUUCGGACAACACGCUUUCGACAGCACGCCAUUCCCCACUUCCAUAGAGCAGGGACUUGGCCUCCGAUCACUGUCGGCAUUUGCGUUUCACUCGAACCCGGUUUCUCAGCCUGUCUCCUUUAUGCGUCAUUCAGUAGAUGGAUCUCAUGGCCAUUCGGACCCCUCCAUCCUUCACUCCCAAGAAAAAGGAAGUUCGACCGAUGUGCUGCACGAGGAGGAUGAGUCAUGUUUCAAUUCCAAUUCGGCAUCAAAGGAAGAAGGUACUUCUCAUAGCAUACAGGAUACAGAUGCACUGCAUUCACUCUUUGAUACCCAUGGAGUGUCAUUGGGAGGAAAUGACACAAGCCCACCCUCAAGGCUGGGUGAGACACCCGCUACCACACAUUCUGCAGACGAAUAUUCUGUUGGACUGCCUCGUGACCAUCAAAUGUUACCUGACAGUAUGCACGACAACACUCCGCCGGCUCAAGAAUUUUCCCUUGCAGAGAACAAGUGGCAGACUUACCUCAACAACGUCACUGACAAUUAUGGCCUGGAUUCUGGACGUCCAGACCAAGACUUGACAUUCACCAACGACCACGCAGCCAUAGACAUCAAUUACGCCUUGGAUUUCAUCAGCUCGCGGGGAAACACUCAGGAUGUCUCACAGUCCACUCCGCAACUUGCACCGGAGGCUCAGGCCCAAUUUUGCAGUGGCUACUAUGCCUCUCCAGUGCCCAUCAAUAUCCCAAGAUACCUAUCUCCGCUUCCUUCUGCACUCUUGGAAAACCCCAUCAAUUUGAUGUAUUUCCAUCAUUUCCUAAAUCACACUGCGCGAAUGUUAGUCCCCCAUAACUGCGACAACAAUCCAUUUGUCUCAGUCUUGCCGUCAAUGGCCAUUGGUGAUUCCAAUCUCUUGAAUCUACUCCUUGCGUACUCCGCUAGUCAUCGCGCUCGGUAUUUAGGCCAUCCAGAACCGGCCAAUCGAAUUGCCCAUUGGGUCAGCCAGGUCUUUCCGACCUUGCGUAUAGCAUUGGAGUCGUCCCACGAAAACAUCACCGAUAGCCAUCUGGCCACCGCGAUCAUGCUUCUUUCUCUGAAAAUCGUUUCGCCCGGUACGUUCGAGGCCCCGAUUACCUGGAAAAGUCACCUUAAGCUUGCCCGUGACCUUUUCCUUGCCCGGAGUGACGCCAUGGCACAGCCAGGAAACAGAAUCGGCGCCUUCUUCUCCCGCUGGCUUGGCUAUCUAGACACUAUGGGAUCCUUGUCAUGUCGCCAAGCUGGCCCGCCCUCGAUGGUUUACAGUUCUGUCUUGGCUGCCUGCUCCUCUUCCGAUGGUCAUGAUGAGUACGCUGUUGAUUGCUUCACGGGCUUUUCGCCCCGCACCGGAGUGUUCUUGAUCCGUCUUGCUCGCUUGGUCCAAGAGUGCGACAAUGAACGUUUCGACGAGAUGGGGAACUUUCAAGAUGGAUGGCAUCCCUCUGCUGACAUGGUCCUCGAAGCUCAAUCAGUGCUUGGUGAAAUAGACGGGAUCAGUGAACGUGCCCAUGCUAACCCCGAGCAUCAUCGGGGCAUUGAAUCCUCUGAUAUGAUGGCUAUCGAGGAAGCAUUCCGCUUUGCUGGCUUAUUGCAUCUUCAUCGACGUGUGCUGGGCUCCCCACCAGAUUCUUUCCCAGUUAAGGAGGUAUUGCGCAAACUCGUCGAUGCCCUUGGGCGCAUGCGCCCUGGGGCGGCUACCGAAGUAUGUUCUCUGUUUCCCUUAUUCACUGCCGGCUGUGAGUCCAGGGUUUCAAACCAAAGAUCGAAGCUUUUGGAACGGUUCCUUGUGUUGGAAAGUUCGGGAAUGAAGCAGGUGCGUUACCCAGUCCGAUUAUCUCUUACAUUCAUGAUCCUGACCAUGAGUAGAUACAGAAUGCACGUCAACUAA